UUAAAACCAUGCUCAAAAGGGAAGAAUAAUAUCUAAACUCUCAUUUCCUUGAAGGAAAAUUCCAGGGAUGUUAAAAUGCCUAAACUUUUGUUUUCAAAGAUUCGCUUUUAUGAGAUUAAAGACCUGAUACCGAAUGUGAAACGGCCUAGAAGGAUUGAUAUUGUACUUACUAGAAAGAGGCGAAAGAAGGACAUCAACUGCCUCUCGUCCGAGUUCAGUGAGGAAAACAUUGAGUUCUGGCUCGCAUGUGAAGACUUUAGAUCAACAGCCACACCAGACGACCUGCUCUCGAGGGCAGAGAAGAUCUACCGGGAUUUCAUCCAGCCCACAGCCUGUAGAGAGGUCAGUCUGAUGCCAGGUGAUGAGAAUAUUGAAUUUUGGCUCACCUGUGAGGACUACAAGAAGAUCAAGUCUUCAUUCAGAAUGUCUUCAAGGGCUAAAAAGAUCUACGAGCAGUUCAUCAAGGCAGAAUCACCAAAAGAGAUCAACAUUGACUAUCACACUCGAGAGCAGAUCAAAAGGAACGUCAAGACUCCCACCGUGCACUGCUUUGACGACGCUCAGAAGAUCGUUUAUGGCCUGAUGGAAAGAGACUCGUACCCGCGGUUUCUCCGCUCGGACAUUUAUAGAACUCUCCUGGAAAGCUUUGCCGCUGACGCCACAAAAGGAUGA